UCCUCAUGAACCUUUUAGGAUAAUGUAACCUCCCCAGGCCAACAAUCAUAUAAGAUUCCAAGGCUCUACACGUCAUUUAGCCACUCAACAUUUUAUAUCCACCCUUGGAGCAACCCCCUCGAAAUGUCAAAUCAGAAAUCCAUCAGCGACUCCAAAAAUGUGCACCACAUAUCAACCCUCAAAGUAAACAACACCCACCAAAUCACCACCCCAUACGGCACCGGCCUUGCCGCAUCCUCACCCUUCCCCCCCGGCUCCCUCAUCACCAAACUCCCCAACCCCAAUCUCCUCCUCAUCGAAAACGACAGUCUCCAAACCACCUGCUCCUUCUGCAUCUCUGAACAACCAUCCCUAAAACGCUGCGGCGGAUGUAAAAUCCCAUAUUACUGUUCCACAGCAUGUCAGAACUCCCAUUGGAGAGAGAGUCACAGUCGGGAAUGUAAGGUGUUGAAGGGUUUGCAGGGGUUACCGCCUACGGCUGUGAGGGCGUUGAUUGUGAUGUUGUUGAGGAAGGGUGGGGAGGUGGAUGCUGGUGAGGGGGAGGAGAGGGAUUGGAAGGGUCUGGAGAGUCAUGUGGGGGAGUUGAAGGGCGAUAUGAAGAGGUGGGAGGAGAUUGUACUGCAGGCGAGGGCGGGGGUGGAGUUUACGAAGGCUGGGGCGGGGAGGAUGGAGGAUGCUAUGAGGUGGCUUUGUGUUCUAUCAACAAAUGCCUUCCGCAUUACCCUCCCAGACAACACGCCGGUAGGAUUGUGCUUCUCACCCACCCUCGCACGUGCAAACCACUCUUGUACACCAAACGCGUUUAUAGUCUUCGACUCCCGCAAUGUCUCACUCCGAGCUCUACGACCAAUCAAGAAAGAUGAGGAAAUCUUCAUCUCGUAUAUCGACCCGACGGAAUCUCUCGCGAAGCGCCAAUCGACACUGAAGCAACGUUACUUCUUCACUUGCAAGUGUGCAAGAUGUGAAGACCAUGUGAAUGCCUAUAAGCACUUUCUCCGCUGCCAGAAGGAUGAUGCGAUUGGGAAUGAGGUCGAGAAGACAACGAGGACGGAUGUUCUUUAUUCGCACCAAGAAGCCUUGAAAACAGCCGAGCACUGUCUAUCAACACUCAAGCAGAAUCCCACCCUCACAUCCACCCUCACAUCUCUCGCCACAUCCUCAAAACCACUCACUCUCCUCCAACAGAACCACACUUCAUCCCUCCUCACGGCACUCAAAUCCCUCUCCGCGCUCACCACCCACGGGGUCUUCGCUCUCCUACCCUUCCCCGAACUCCUCCACGACCUCUAUCUAUCCUACAUCUCCACUCAAACCCAAUCCCAAUCCUUCACCGCCGCCCUCCUCACCCUCCUCUUCCUCUUCCUCAACUGCGACAUCUUCAUAUAUCCACAGCCCCACCACCCCGUCCGCGUCGUACGGCUCUACACCAUCGCCAAACUACUGAAACACAUAGCAUCUCUCACACCAACGGAACUCCUCCAGGAUAUCUCGAAUAUGCGAACCACAACAGCAGCACCUUCAUCUUCACGAACAUCCCCAUCACAAGCCUCAGAUCUCCAACUCAAAGACAACAUCGCAAAAGCAUUUCAAGGAAUCGACCUCAUCAACGCUUUUCACGUCCUGAUCAUCGUGGUAUGGAGUGAAGCACGCCAGAGCCAUGGGGAGGAAAGUGUGUUUGUGAGGGAGGUUGAGGCGGAGAUUAGGGAUGUGGAGGAGGUGCAGAGGGUGAGGGGGGGUAUGGGGGAGGUGUUGAGGAGGUGGAUGGUAGCGGGUAGGGAUGGAGGGGAUGUGGGUGUGGGUGUGGGUGAGCGGGGGAGGAAGGAGGCGGAGAGGGUGGGGAGGGAGAUUAGAGGGUUAGGGGGGUUGAUGGGUGGGAUUUUGGGGGGUGGGGGUUGA